GGGGCUGGAGCGGGGCCGGGCCGGGGCAGCGUCCCGUGGGCCGGGGUCUUCCUGUCCGCUCCCCACAGGUGCCGAGGAGCCGGGCAUGGAGGCGGAGGCGCAGGAGUUGCCGCUGGGCUGCGGCGGAGGGGGCGGCUCGCCCGCGGCCGGGAGAUCUCCGGAGGGUGAGGAGCGCCGGGAGCCCCCGCAGGCGUCUGUCAGCAACGGCGGCGACGAGAACAGCGGCAGGGAGCUGGUGGAGCUGAAGGUGAUCUGGAACAAGAACAAGUACGACGUGAAAUUCUGCCUGGACAGCACGGGAGCCGAGCUGAAGCAGAAGAUCCACUCGCUCACAGGCCUCCCGCCGGCCAUGCAGAAAGUUAUGUUCAAGGGACUUCUGCCAGAGGAGAAAACGUUGCGGGAAAUCAAAGUGACAAAUGGAGCGAAAAUAAUGGUUGUGGGCUCUACCAUCAACGAUGUGUUAGCAGUAAAUACACCUAAAGAAGCUGCUCAACAAGAGGUCAAAGCUGAGGAAAACAAAAAGGAGCCACUUUGCAGACAAAAGCAACACAGAAAAGUGUUGGAUAAAGGAAAACCUGACGAUGUGAUGCCUUCUGUCAAAGGUGUGCAGGAGCGGCUGCCCACAGUGCCGCUGUCCGGAAUGUACAACAAGUCAGGGGGCAAAGUCAGACUGACCUUCAAACUCGAGCAAGACCAGCUGUGGAUUGGUACAAAAGAGAGAACAGAAAAGUUACCCAUGGGGUCCAUUAAAAAUGUGGUGAGUGAACCUAUUGAAGGCCAUGAGGAUUAUCACAUGAUGGCAUUUCAGCUGGGCCCAACAGAAGCAUCUUACUACUGGGUCUAUUGGGUCCCAACUCAGUAUGUGGAUGCAAUCAAAGACACGGUGCUGGGGAAGUGGCAGUAUUUUUGAAAGCACGCUCACCUCUGGCACAGGAAAAUGACACAAAUCUAAGGACACUGCUGGGAGAGGCCUCCAACAUCCCUGGAUGUGACAGU